CCACACCUUCCAGACUGAGCUCUGCUCGUCAGCAUUGCCAUUGGCACUCGGCUAUUACCAGACAAUCCUCCACCCAUCUGUUGCCAUGACCAUGACCCCUGGGAUAUGUUCAGGGGCAGGAAGGACUGCAAGGGUUGUAAUGGUGAAUCAUCCGGACUGAACUGAACUCCACUGUACUGAUUCACCAGCCAGAAUCCAGCAAAAUGACCGAAGCGUUGAUCAUUAAGACUGUUUGUGCUCAUAAUGGAUCUAUGAAUCAUGAUGAUUUGCUGUCAAAAUUCAGUCCCUUUGAUGAAGUUAUUGAUAGAAUCAUCAACAAGAGUGAAUCUUGUGCUGUUGUGUCUGUGAAUGGACAGAAGAAAGUGAUCAUCAAAACUAAAGUUCGGCUGUGCAGAGCCCAAAACUGCCCGGGCUGUGAAAACGUACAUCUGUGCAAAUUUUAUCUUUACGGUUCAUGUCGCUUUGCUAAAGGAAGGCGAGGCUGUCAUUUCAGUCAUGAUGUGAUGUCAGGUCAGAAUGCAUUAGUUCUAUCUGCUCAUAAUCUGAACAUACUGGACACAAGAGAACUCUGUGUACUGUUACUACAGACUGACAACACUCUCCUACCACCGGUGUGUCAUUCAUAUAAUAAUGGCACAGGACAGUACGGCCGCUGUCAGGACGGAGAGAACUGUAGGAGACUUCACAUCUGUGAGAAAUAUCUGUGCGGGCCCUGUGAAUGUCCCCGAGCUCAUGAUUUCUAUGAGCCUCAUCCACUGAAGACCCUGCAGGACAGAGGAGUGCCCACUGAACUCAUGACCAUCAUGAAGGAGAUUUACUCAAAUAUUCAAGCCCUGAAGAAUCUGUCCAGAUACACAAACACUGAUGGACAGAACAACAGAAGAGGCGCAAACACACAGAACCGAAGGCCCUCGACUACCAUUACUGCAGGCAGGCCCUUCCAUACAUCUAUAGAGAAAACGGAGAUCUGCAUGUAUUUCAUCAAAGGACACUGCAAGCAUGGAGACUUUUGUAGAAAAGAGCAUUCCAGCGUGCCGUAUAAAUGGGAAGUUAAAGAAGGAUCUGAAUGGACAGCUCUUCCUGACAAUGAGGCAAUCGAGAAAGAUUACUGUAAUCCUGCAAAAACAUACAGCUCUGGAAUCAACCCGGUUUAUUUCGAUACGAUGACCCGAGGACUUCACAGUGUGCGCCGGCUGUCUACAGUCCCAUCAGUGAUUCAGCCCACCUUCAUUCUAACCACUGAGUGGCUCUGGUACUGGGAGAACGAGUUUGGAAACUGGAUCCAGUAUGCAACAGCAGAAGUGGGUCACAGGUUGUCAUCCAUCACGAGUGAGGAACUUGAGCAGAAAUAUCAGACUGACAACGGCGCUGUGGUGGAGUUCACAGCCGGAUCACAGACGUAUGAACUCAGCUGCUCAGAUAUGAUCCAGGCAAACAAACGCUACGGAACCAAAAGGCUCAUCAGACGUCGUCCUAAAUUCGUGUCAGCAGCUGAAGUACAAACCAUCAAGACAACUAAAAGAGCUCCGAGUAACUUCAAAGCUCUGCCGACACACUGGAAUAAAGCUCUGACUCCUGACACGGGAUACAAGAGAGUGUCGCUGCAAACUACAGACGGUGAAUACAGUGAAAUCAAACGGCUCUUCAAGACCACCAUGAGUGGCUUCAAAAUUUUGCGGAUUGAGAGAAUCCAGAACAAAGCAUUAUGGGAAGUGUUUCAGUGGCAGAUGGAUCGUAUGAAGAAGAACAAUGGAGGCAGAGAUGUGGCAGAGAAAAAGCUCUUCCAUGGCACAGACCCCAAGCAUGUGGAUGUCAUCUGCCAGGAUAAUUUUGACUGGAGAAUCUGUGGAACUCACGGCACUGCGUACGGCAAAGGUAGUUACUUUGCCAGGGAUGCCAAUUAUGCACACAAGUAUACUGUGGAUUCAGGGACUCGUUCCAUGUUUGUUUGUCGUGUUCUGGUUGGCGACUACACCAAAGGUCAUUCCAGGUACCUCCGGCCGCCCUCCAAAGAUGGAGGAGACACCAUCUUCUACGACAGCUGUGUAAAUGACAUCUGCAACCCAUCAAAAUUUGUUGUGUUUGAAAAGCACCAGAUCUACCCCGAGUAUCUCAUCGAAUACAAAGAUGCAAUUCAGUAUUACUCAGAAAUCCCUGCUGCAGUCCUGAGACCAACGCCAGCGAGGAGAAUAAGACCGGUUUCUGUACACAGUGCAAAUCCCACCUCCAGAAUCGCUCCCUCAAACACCUAUAACCUACCUGUUAACUGGGGUGGCAGGGAUAUUUAAGAGUUGGGACACACAAGUGGUGUAACAACGCCAUGGUGUGAAUUUGGGUGCCAUUUGGGUGAUGCAGUAAUUCUAAUGAAGUAACAGGUGCCACAUAGAAAUGCAAUUUAUGCACUGCAGGUCAACAAUUUACACAUGAGCAACGAUACUAAGAAACUUUAAUAGUCGUUAAAAUGAAAAUUAAAACAUAACAUACAGCAAAAGUAUUUUCUAUGUGGUAAAAUUGCCCAAACGUUCAGGACAUUUCUGAUUUUCUGAAAGUUGGUUGGGACAUAUCCCUACCGUCCCUACCUAAAUCUACACCAAUGCAAAUUAUUAAAUAUGAUAUCAAAUUAACUCAAAAUCAACCUUUAGACUUUAAACGCAAUGAUCUCAUGGAUCAGGAAUAUUUUGUAGUGUAUAGUGACAAACAGGUGUUUAGGAAAGCACUGUGGUAGUUUGUUGGUGUUUAGUGUAUUCAGAGAAAAUCAAAUCAAAAGUGCCUUUUGCCCCGUUGUACCCUAUGACUUCACCGUAUGAAAUAGAGUCGUUUAGUCACAUUUCUGUCUGUACUUUAACAUGUUGUGCAUUUGUUUGAUUUUCCCCUCACAUAUUUGGUCACACAUUUAGCAAAAGAUUAAUGUAAUACAACAUGUCCUGGCUUACUUCACAUUUCAGCUAUUGCAACUACAUUGUAAAAAACAUUUUUAAAUUGUGAAAACCUUUGUAGCCAUGUUUUGUUUUAUGAUUGUGCCAUUCUGUAGAAUAUAACCUACAGUUGAAUAUGAAUCCCAUAAGAAAUAAAAGAAAUGUGUUUUUCC